UGGUACGUGGAACCUUCGCGUAGAAGGUAAUGAGUUCGUGGUGCUUGUCCGAAGACAACGGUAGUCGACUGCGGAAUUUGCCAGUCUUUGUUUUUAUUUAGUUUGCGAGUCCGCUGGUUUUAAUUACAGCUAACUGGGUUAGUAAACCGAAAAUUAGUUAACUACUGUGUAAUUAUCAUCGGUGAAUGUUUAUAUGGUCGACCAAAAUGAUGAGUACAAAAUCACCAACAUGCAGCGCUGCCCGUACAUCCACGAGAUGAAAGAGCGCCUCCUCGGAGAACAGGUCCCCAUGGAAAUCAUCCCCAAGAAGAUCCCCACGCCGCCGCCCUUCGCGAUGGACCAGCAACAGCAGCAGCUAGUGCACCAGCAACCCGUCGCCACCGUAGUCAAAUUAAAUCCAGACGGAUAUGGAUCGCACACAUCGCCCACCCAUCAACGACCCGAUCGAACGCCACUGAUGCCGAAGGAACCAGAAGACGACUUCCAUUACGUGCAUCGGAAGGUUUACCCAAAAAAUGCCAAGACCUCCCUGUUCAUAAUCAUGAGCUUCGUGUACGCCAAACUCCUGGUCGUGGUGUGCAUAGCCUACGUCAUCUCCGACGUGGUGACCCACAGCAUCCCCCUCUACUACUACGAGGGCUUCUUCACUUACCUCUACGGCAUGAGCAUCCUAUUCCUGCUGUACGUGUUCUGUUUCCUGCUGCAGGAGAGUUCCUGCUGUUCGGGGGGCGGUGAGAAACAGGCCAAGCAACCGCCGCCCAAGCAGAAGUCCAAGGAGAAAGAAAAGGAGAAGGAAAAGAAGAAAGAGGAGGAGAAGAAGAAGAAGGAGGAGAAGGAGAGGCAGAAGAAAGAGAAGAAGGAGAAAGAGAAGGACAAGGACAAGAAGAACAAGAAGCAGGAGAAGCAGGAAGACGCCGACAACCCGAUUUCACUGCAAUGGCAAUUCGAGGCGAGCACCUACCGGCGCAACUCUGAGGGUGUAGUCGAUGCGGGCCUGGCAGAAGUGCCGGUGCCUGUCGCUGAAAUCUCUCAAUCUCAAGCAGCUAUCGUUGUAUCGCAGGAACAGCCGCCUGCGGCCCCCGCGGCGCCCCCGCCUCCGGCGGCGGCCGUCCAGCCCGCCGCGCCGCUCCCGGCGGCUGCGGCUAACAACGCCGGCGGGGCCGACGUGGAGGCCGGCGUCAAGGCCGCCGCCAAGUGCAAGCGAAAGACCACCCAGAACGACCAGAGCCACGGCAGCUUCUUCCUCAGGAUCGGGGCCAUCGCAUUUGGCUUGGGUACUAUGAUCUACAAUGGGCUAGAAUUUGGAACGUUCUUCGAAGUACCAUUCACAUCAUCAUGCUAUAUGAUCCUACACGGAGUCAACCCAGUGCUUCAAAUGAUUUUCACCUUCAUGCAAAUGUACUUCAUUUUCAUGAAUUCUCGGUUGAACAUUCACCGAUUUAAAGUUGUCGCACGUUUUGGUUUGAUGCAUGUGGUCGCCACAAAUAUAUGCGUUUGGAUACGAACCUUAGUAAUAGAGUACCUGAAGGAGAUUAGUAAUUACCACAUGAAAAUGUUUAAUUCCACCUUACCGAACGACAUCUCCCCAUAUUAUGCAGAAAGCUUUCGUCUCCCCGAUAAAAAUACACUGCUGGGCACGCCUAAACAGCUAGCAGAUGUGAUAAAAUCGACAGCUUCCAACUUGGCCACAACGUUGCCAACAACGAGCGCCUCUUUCCGAGAUUUUUUUCAAACUACCGUUAGUAUGGCGGCCACCACACUCAGCAAGGAUGCUACCACGUUGCCCACGACAACAAGCACACCAUCCGUAGAAGAAUCUAUUUUAACCCAAGACCUUGGCAAUGCUAUCUCAAGUACGGAUACAGAACUGAUCGAUGAAAUUAUUCCACAAUCGCUGAAAGCUUUCAAUGAAACCGUGAAUGGUUCGGAUGGUUGUGGUAGAGUCAACAUUAUGGGAACAAUAGUACAAGAAUCGGGCCCCUACUUGUACCCAUUCAUUAUAGAGUAUUCUCUGAUCGGGGCUGCUGUGAUAUAUGUGAUGUGGAAGCACAUUGGAAGAAAUCCGAGAUAUGUUACCCAGGAAGAUUUAGAACAUCGUCUUGAAAUUAUGUUGUCCCGCAGGGCCGUAGCUCUGGCUCACGCCCAACAGGGACGCGUCGACUGCGUAGGUGCCUCCAAAGGACUUUUCUUCGGACUGCUCAUGCUGGUCGGCUCUCUCAUAUGCCUCAUCUUGUUCUUUGUGCUUGUCCAACACAAAGACUUCGGUCUCCUUGCUAUUUACUUGGCUGAUGUGUCUCACUGUGUCCUGAUGGUGCUCAGCAUCAUAGCCAUAAUCAUCGGAUUUAUAAGGGUCCAGUCGCUCAAAUUCAAGACGGAGGAACAAAGCGACCUAAACGAUAUUCUUCUUCGCGUGUCUGCAUUCGGUCUUUUCCUCUAUGCUGCUUUCAGCAUAAUUGCAGGCCAUCAGAACGCAUUCACAAAGGAGCCGAACCUCCUAGUGAUGAUUACUGGGAUUCUGUCGGUUGUACAGGUGGUCCUUCAGUUGCUAUUCAUAGCAGAUGUGUCACGCCGUCGCGUUCAUUUACCAGAGCACGAUCGUUCCAAGCCUGGUCGCCAAGUCGUAACAUUCCUCUUAAUCUGCAACGUUACCAUGUGGAUUAUUUACACCUUCGAGAUGCAGAAGGUGGAAGCUAACCCGGUGCAACUGAAAUUUUACGGUUUUCUUGCCUGGGCGAUAGUUCAGCGUUUAACAUUGCCCCUCUGCAUCUUCCACAGGUUCCAUUCCGCUGUUACACUGGCAGAAAUAUGGAAGACGAGUUAUAAGGCUCGACUGGAAUAAAGAGGCCCACGACUCUUACGAAUUGUGCUUCGGCUCAGAAUAUUCACUUAUUUUCAGAGAGUUGCAGGAGAAAAUUAUGUUGAACGUGUAUAUAAUUUCUGAUAGCGGUGUAAAAAUGCAUUACCAAAGAAAGGGGCGAAAAUGUUUUUGUUCCCCAAGCAGAGCUUACAAGUUUUUCGACUACUUCUUUCUGACCACUCACUUGUGCACUCUCUCUCGUUCAAAGAAAAAAUAAUAAAUGUAUGACAAGUCUGAUGUUUUUGCUCAUAUUACGGUAUAAGCAGAUAUUUAUUGUUCGUUUUUUAGUUUUGUUUGUACUUUUAUAUUUUAUAUUUAUAAUUUUUUAUUCUUGUUAGCAAUUUUUUCACAUAUCCUCGACUAUAAAUCGGAAAAUUGUUAAUUUGUCUUUGCACGUCUCAUAGGGAAAAAGAAGUUAUAUAUUUUCUUGAGAUGUUGUGUACAUAACGAAGACUGAACGAGAAACUAGUCGCAGAUCCGAAAAUUUACCUAAAACGUAACUUUUAUACAUUUUUUUUACGUCAAAUCAUGCAGGCAAAUUAACAAUUUUUUUGGUAAACAAUCUGAAACCUCAGCAGAGACAGUUAUUUCUUGUGUGUUUUAGAAACAUAUCAUUAUAAAAACUCAUCUUCUAGAAUAUAAUGUUAGGUGAUUCGUUUAUCUCGUCUUCCACAUAGGUUAGUGUAUGCUAAUAGUAACCACGAUACUGCAUAUUCAAAUCAAAAAAUGACUACAAAUAACUGGAAGAUGUCCAGUAGAUAUGUAAAAUGUCCUGCCCUAAAUUAUGAGAAAAAUUAUUUUCUAAAAUACAAGUACAUUGUGUCCCAAACCUUCGAAAUGCUGUUGCGGUCUCAAAUUUUGAUAAUUACAAGAAUUAUACAGGGUGUAACCUUGAAUGGGGGUAAUAUUUAUACUGAGGUUACCUUUAACUUGUAAAAAAACAUAUCAGACAUUUGUUUUUCCAAAUUUCGUUGAAAAAUUUUUAAUUUAAAUUUUUUUUGCAAUUUUCAUAUCCCACCGAUAACGAUUUAUUUUUAUUAAAAAAAAACAUGUCAGGAUGGUAUUCUGGAAUAAGCCUUUUUCCUCACUUAAAGUUAUAUCCUAUAUCACCAGCAUCUCUUAUUGGGAUACCCUGUAUUAACCUUCUGUUUCUAUGCAAUAUGAGAGAGUUUUGUGUCUGCUGAGGCAGAUCUAGGUACUUAUACGCACACAUUUCUGUAGAACUCGAAGGAGAACGUAGAAGAAACUAGUUUUUGGAGAACUGUGUACCAUCGUCCAUAACAAACGUACCAGUACAUAGAAUCAGUGUUUUAAAACUAUAUACAUAUUAUUAAUAUAUCUGUGAACUCAAUGUUAGGAUAGUUUUAUAUUACCCAACGUUAUUAUUACUGAAAAUAGUAAGUGUGUUAAGGGCUGGGGAUGACACCCAUAGGUUAUUUUUCUGUAGUAAUGCGGCCGGUGGAGUCUCAAGGUCCCAAUGUGGUUUUUAUAAGAUACUUUUACAAUGAUUAUUAAUUAACAAGCGCUACUUAAGAAAAUUGAAUUGAAGUACUUAUAACUAGGUGUUUGGUAAAUGUGUGUAUAUAAAUAAUCAAAUCAAGUUAAUGGACACUUGACGUGAGGUUCGACAAAACUGGUAUCAAAUGUACAAAAAUCCUUUCAGUGUCACUCACACGCAAACACACGGCACGUUCAUUUUUUUUUCACGUUUUAUAUGGAUCAACCGCCAGGGACUCGUAAAGUUAUCUGUAGAUUGUAUAGUUACUAAAUGUACUGCUUGGAAUUUUUGUGGACCACUGAAUUAACCAAUAUAUUGUACCAGAACAGACUUCUCUAAGUGAAAUUCUACAAGUCAUACUGUCAUCUCGUUUCCAAUAUUAUUUACGUUUCAUCCUCUAUUUUUAAAUGAAUCUGGAUACAAUUCGCCAAUAGCAAUUUGCACCCAUUAAAUUUUUAGUAAUAUUAAGGAACACAGGGUGUUUUAUAGAAUUGCAAACUUCCUCUCUUACCAAAAGUGGCACAUUUCGUCGAGUUAAUUUUUUUUAUUUUGUAUGUAUAAUAUAUAUAUAUAUGUAAAAUGUCUCAAUCACAAAUACUUUGAACAAAAAUAUUUUCUACUAAAUGAAAGGGAUGCUGUAGCAUUGGAUGUUCUCAUAUACAGAGUGUCCCAGGAAAAAAGGCCAAUCUGGUAAUUCUGAAAUCAAAUGCUUCAUUUAAAGGAUGCGGGACAUUAAAAUAGGGCUUCUAAAAUCUUGAUAAUUCAAUGACUUUUGAUAUAUUAACGAUUUUCCAUUGCAAUUCUUGUGAGUUUAUGGAGCAAGUCGAAAAACAAAUAAAGAAUAGGACUGUCCUGACAUCCCCACUUUUUUGUAUUCACGCCUAUUGACAUUUUUUCAAAUUUCAUUGCAAUUAUUUUCUAGAAAUUUUCCGUUUCUUGCA